UAAUUAAAUUAUUAAACCCGACAUACAAUCAAAAGUAACUUCACGCACCAUCCAUCAGUCAAAUCCUCGCUUCACUGCAAACGCUCUUGUGAGUCGUUUCGUUCCGUUGAUUCGGUUUGGGUUUUAGCGGUUUAUUGAAAAGAUCCGAUUCAAAAGAACGAGUCGUUUACGAAAUGGAACGUCGCCAGUUUGCAUUAUCACGCUGUUUGUGGGAAUACCGUACGCGCGAGAAACACCAACCCACAAAGCAUUACUGACUACAGAUUUAUUCGAUUAUGCUUUGCAAAUACAUCGGUAUAUCUUUUAUCUCGCUCUCUUUAGUUUAGGGCAACGUUAGCAUAUUAGCCGCCCGGUUCUACUGCUUUUGUGUCUAAAUUGUUAUGUGCUAUUUGCUACUAUCGACUAUUAGCCUAUGCUUUGAAGCAUGAGGUAUGAUAGAUAAUGUAUUUGUAUCAAUUACAUGGAGGUGAACAGGAACAACUUAUGCAUUGAGAAGUGCUAGUUAGCCAGCUAGCUGAGUAGACUGAAGUGCUAUGCAUCAACUUGCUCCUGGUCCUCCUCUCAGCUUUUGGAUUGCUGACAUUGACAGAGACAUUUAGAUAUUAAAUGAGCCUAAAGCCCUGGCGCUUGCGUUACAUGGGAAAUCUACAAUGUCGAGGAUUCUUCUGGGCCUGGUAAUGCUUGGAUGCACUGUUACUGUUGAAGAUGUUCAAGCCUUUGACGACCCGAUCACCAGACUUGUGAAUGAAAAAGCAGGUGAGCGGUGCUCGGGUAGAGUGGAGGUGCGUCAUGGGCAUCAGUGGGGCACCGUGUGCCAGCGUGGUUGGGAUCUGGAGGAUGCCGCAGUGGUUUGUAGAGAGCUCGACUGCGGCUUCGUGUUAGACAUUCCAGGCAGCGCUCGUUUCGGACGGGCCGGUGGAGAAGUGCUGUGGAGGAAUGUGAAAUGCUCGGGUGACGAGUUUGCCCUGGAUCUGUGUGAACGCACCCUCAAUGAUGAUGUGUGUACGCACAGUGAGGAUGCUGGAGUGGAGUGCACAGGAAAACUUCUAGCACCCACCUUGUCAAUUCAGUCUCGCUUCUACACCUAUUCGGCCGGAGAGGCCAUUCACUUUAAAUGCACUGCCCCAUACUGGCAGUCCGUCAUUGACUUCCAUCUGUACAAAAGAGGUGUGGACACUCCGCUAGUGACCCAGAGAGCAGAUCCCAGACAAAUGACGGUGGAUCUGACUCUGUCAGACUCAGAAAUCUCCCAUCAGGGCAGCUACAGCUGUCUCUACAGGAUGCACACCAAACUGGGAAACUCUCCCUCAGGAUUUUCUCCACACAGCAACUUCAUUAACAUCACAGUCUUGGAGAUUCACACUCCCCAAAUCUGGUACAACACGUCUCCUGAGGCCCGGCCGGGUUGGGUCAUCCGGGGCCACAGUUUUAACGUCACCUGCUCCAUGCAGCCUCAGUAUCCAGGAGGAUCCUUUCAGCUGCGUCUCAUCAGGCCCAACGGAACCAUCCGGCACUCUCUGCCAGCCCUCGCUCCCUCCGUCACCUUUACCUUCUCCAAUGCCCAGUCCAAUAAUAAGGGCUACUACUGCUGUCUCUAUAAGGUCCAGACUGGAGAGCGCACAUUUAUCUCGAGGGAGAGUCAGCCUUUACCCAUCUCUAUUCGAGAAGUAGAUCCGGUGAUGAGCCCGGUGUUCAUCAGUUUACUGGUGUCCAGUUUGACGUUUGUGGUGGCCACGUGUGCCAUUCUGAUUGUUGCCAAAGUGUACUGCAAGAGAGUGAGCAAACCCACUGAACUGGAGCGAGAGAGCAGGACCUGUGUUGACAACACAUACAUUGCCUUGACAAUCAAGUAAUGGAAGUUCUAAAAGAAGGUCAUGUGAAUUGUUUUUUGUUUUUAUUUGUUUUGUGUGUUGUUUUUUUUUGAGGAUGGCUAUUUUUUUCCUAAUCAGGCACAACACGACGAGUUGUGAAUUGUAUCUGUUGUGGCAACAAGCACUAAGACUUGAAUAAAGCCCAAAGUAUGCUUCAGUUUUUAUGCUUACGCUAGGGUAUGUGUAGGUUGCGCAUGACGAAAAUUUUGUCAGCAGCACAGUACAUAAUAAAAUGUGCACAUGCAGCCCGAUACAAUGUACAUGCAGCUUACACAUGCGCUUUGUCUACAAGGUGGAAAUUCUGGUCUGGGCUAUUGUUUCACAAUCGGAAAGGAAACGGUAGACACCCAUAUUGAUGAGUACUUGUGUGAAGGCAUUAAAACUCUAGUUUAAACUCUAGUUUAAAUACAUUUUUAUUGCUCAGUAUUACUUUAGGAGAGAAAAAGCACAGGCACGGGACAAUGAAUCAGUAAGUAAUGAAGGCAUAAUGUAAAAAAGUAACAUCCGUGUGCUGAUUUUUGCAUGUUUUUUUUGUUUUGUUUCAGCAACUAGAAACUGGUGGCUUGUUGGUGUUUCAGUGGCCUGUCCAAACCAAAGGGAAGAUCUAAGUUUGAAGAACCACAGGAACCACCAUUUCUUACUAUCUGCAAUUCUCUGUCAGUCACAGAGAAACAUUUCCAUUGUCAUUGGUUGGAGGUUUUUCUUUCAAUGUUACUGGAGAUGGA